ACAGUACUGCACCUUCUCGCAAGUCGAGGCAACGUGUCAAUGAUCGGAUUUCUCGUGGACCAUGGGGCGGAAGUCGACGCCAAAGACGAAGAUUUACGGACCCCUUUACAUCAGGCCGCUCCGCAUGGGUGGCAAGACGCAGCGCGAGAGCUGCUGAAGCGAGGUGCAGACGUAGAUGCUCAGGAUGGAAAAGGCAGAACACCACUUUACCUGGCUGUCGUGCAAGGACAUGCAGAUGUGGUUCAGCUUCUA